CACGCCCACCAUAUCCAGUAGCCUCCGCCUUACUCUGUGAGAAUUGGCUGUCCGACCAUCAAACCCAGUGCCGAUUCGCUUAAAUCUCUGCCACUCCUUUUCGGCCUAGUGGCGCGCAGCGGCGCGGCAACCGGCGGCAACGUGAGCGGCUGAGAGUGCGGCGGAAGUGGCCGGCGAGCCCCUGCCGACGACAUGUUGCCCCUGUCACUGCUGAAGACUGCGCAGAACCACCCCAUGUUGGUGGAGCUCAAGAACGGAGAGACGUACAACGGGCACCUGGUGAGCUGUGACAACUGGAUGAACAUCAACCUGCGUGAGGUCAUCUGCACGUCCCGGGACGGGGACAAGUUCUGGCGCAUGCCGGAGUGCUACAUCCGCGGCAGCACCAUCAAGUACCUGCGCAUCCCCGACGAGAUCAUCGACAUGGUCAAGGAGGAGGUGGUGGCCAAGGGCCGCGGGCGCGGCGGGCUGCAGCAGCAGAAGCAGCAGCGAGGCCGAGGCAUGGGCAGCGCCGGGCGAGGUGUGUUUGGCGGCCGGGGCCGCGGCAGCAUCACGGGCACGGGCCGGGGACAGCCCGAGAAAAAGCCAGGCAGACAGGCGGGCAAGCAGUGAGGACCCCGGGGUCCCCGCCUCCAGGAGGGAAGAGAGGCCCGCGGUGGGCAGAGGGCCCGCUUCUGGGCUCCCCCUCCAGCUUCGCCUCCCGGCUUUUUAAGGGACCGUGGUACCCUGAGGUGUCACUGGGAUUUUCGUUUUGUGACGCUGCUGUCCCUGCAGUGGACGGGGGUUUGGGGAGAUUCCGUGGGUUCGCCUCAUGACCUGCCCGGCACAGGCCCUGUGUGCGACAGAACAGCCAAGUGUGGCUGUCAUCGCUGUCCCUGAGCUGCCUCUUCCAAAACAUGCCGAUCGAUCGCGUGCCUGGUCCGUCCCCUUCCACUUCCCCUCUCCGUUACAAAAAUAAAACGACUGCAGCGACUGCCUGCAGGCCCGUCUGCCCUCA